AUGCUGAUAAGAGCUAGAGAAAUGGGUGGUGGGCUACUGGCCAGAAAGAUUAUUCCUGACAAGGUCAACUACCGCCUCAUCAGAGAGUGGCUGCAACUUUGUCGGUCCGGACAUGUAUUGUGCGACGACUUCCGCGAGGCUGACGAGAUCCCCGGGUUCCAAGUCAUCGACUGCACCACGGGAAACAUUGUGUCUUUUGCCUCCCUUUCCGGCAGUGGAGAGCAGUCACAGACGCCACCAGAAUACGUCACCCUCAGUUAUGUCUGGGGCCAAGGUCUCUUUGAAGGACCUGUCAAGAUCAAGCACCCUUCCAACUCUCAACAACGACUGUCCCUGCCAACUUCCUUGCCAUUAACCAUCAGUGACACAAUCCAAGUCGUCCAGCGUCUCGGGUACAGAUACCUCUGGAUCGACCGCUACUGCAUCCCGCAGGACGACCUGCCAGCCAAGCAGAUCCAGGUCAAGAACAUGGGCCGCAUCUACUCCCGCUCCGUGUUGACCAUCAUUACCGCCGCUGGCGAUGGACCCGAGUAUGGGCUACCGGGGGUUAGCGAGCGUCGGAGGGCCGAACAGCUUACUGUUCAGGUCGGUGCUGCUGCAGCAGGGAAGGGGAUUUCCCUGGCGUUAUACGAAAGGCCGAGAGCCGCCAUCAUGGACUCAAAGUGGCAUACCCGCGGCUGGACGUACCAGGAGGGACUCCUUUCUAGGCGGAGGCUGGUGUUUACGGACCAGAUGGUGUAUUUUCAGUGUUAUGAGAUGCAUGGGGACGAGGUCUUGUCGUUGCCGAUUCCUGAUGGCCCUAGCGGUGGGCAUGGUUCUGAUGUCAAGGACGGGGACAAAUUUGACGAGAUUCGCUGCCUCUCCCUGGACGACGAAGAGUCCAACUUUGGCUUCAUCUUCCCCCGUCGAAUAACGGAUUGGUCCAAUCCUGACACCGUUUGGGAUCGAAUCAAGGAAUUUUGCCAAAGACAGCUUUCGUUUGAUGCCGACACUCUCGAUGCUGUUGCUGGUAUCUUUGACAAGUAUGUUGACAUGUACACAGCGGAUCAGUCGAACAAUCACAAAGGGGACGGGAUCUCCUUCUUUUACGGCAUGCCCAUUGCUCCUUUCCACCUGAAGGGGAAUGGAUCAAAUCAGCAAAGGCUGUGGACUUGUGAGUUGCGGACCUUUUGGGAAACUUAUGAGAACAUGCCCCCGGGAAAGACAGAUUCGAACCCGAAACUGCCCCUGGAAGUGGAGGUGGAUGUAACGACCAGUCUCACCUACAGACUAGUUGAAAGCCUCCUCUGGUCCGAUUCCUGGAGCCACUUCCGCAAGUUCGAUAGUGAUCCUUUACAGCUACUGCAAAAGCGGUCACACUUUCGGAGGCCGGGGUUCCCCAGCUGGGCGUGGGCGGGUUGGAAGACGUGUAUAGUCGAGCGCGACAUAUUGUAUUCCAAGAUGUUCGAUAGCCGCACCAAGGUUCAUGUAGAGUAUGAGCUUGAAGCGGACCCAAGCCUCGCACACACACCAAAGGCAACUACAUGGAGGCGACUAGACUGGGAGCGAGAUAACAAAGAGAUCUUGGAGCUGGCACAAAUUGCCGCUCACAAAAUCCCGGCACGUCUGGUUAUCAGGGGGACCGUGCUGGAUAUGAGGCUCACGUGGUGCGAUGGCGAGGAGAAUAACGAGGAUUGGUGGAGGAAGUUUGGCAAGUGGACGGUUACGUGGCCGCAGUUUAUGGAAGGGAGGUCAAUUGACUUUCCGAGGGGAUUGUUGGAGGAUGCGGAACCCGGAAGUCAUUUUAGCAAGGGGAAAGAGGUACAGGCUCUCGCCCUGAUACUGGCAGGACGGGCCCUUUAUGGCAAGCCAGACGGAUUUCUAUUGGCAUUGUUGUUGAGGCCCGUGACGAGGAUGUUGGAUGGACGACCGGAAACAAUGUAUGAACGCGUUCACAAGAUAAGGAUUUAUGUGAAAUACCCAAAGUAUAAAGCCAAGUGGACACCGCUGGCUGAGUUAUUAAGGGAGAUGGAGGUGAGGACAGGCGCAAACCAAGGCAUCGGCUAUGAGACAGCCAAGAAUCUGGUCCACUCCUCAGCCGACUACCAUGUCAUUCUCGGCAGCCGCAACAUCAGCAAAGGUAAGGCGGCAGUUCAGGCGCUACUACAAGCUGAAGUCGGCACCGGCGUAAAGGCAACGAAGGGUACCGCCUCCUCGGUACCUCUAGACGUGACGGACGAAGCGUCCAUCGCAGCCGCAGUCGAGCGUGUGGCAGCCGACUUUGGCAGGCUCGACGUACUGACGCUCCGGCGGGUCCUCGAGACCAACGUGGUCGGCGCACUGGCUGUAACUGAGGCGUUUCUCGACUUGCUGCGCAUGGCUUCGGAACACAGGCCGCCGCGUUUGGUGUUUUACUCUGCUAGACUCAAGCCGGAAGGAAUCCUCGUCAUUGAUGCGGAUCCUGGACUGUGCGCCACUAACUUUACGGGUGAUGCUGCGUCGCUGAGGAAUAGAGGGGCGGCGGAACCGGCUGACGGGGGAAAUCGAGUGGCAACGGUCGUAAAGGGUGAGAAGGAUGUCGAUGCUGGAAAGGUGGUUGGUGUGUACGGGGUUAGUCCGUGGUAG